AUGGCUCCAGGUAUAAAUGUGAGCGACUCGAGGCCACUGGAGACGACAAAUAGACCAGACGAAUGGAAGAUAGAGCAGGGUCUCCAUGGUGCCAAGAUACCCUUUCUCGACCAGACCGGGAAGGUCACUGUCGAGAUUCUUCCAAGAGAAGAGCCUACACCAUGGACAGAAGGUGGCUCUCUCGAUAUGGUGUCGAACAAAGAUGAAGAGUUCAAAGAAGAGAGAAAAGGCUGGAAAGGAUAUGUCGAAUGGGAAGCGUACCCCGAAAAGAAAGUGAAAGCCCACAAGAUACUGGAGAGAAUACCAACCAAGAACCCGGAAUACCAGAUGGGCCCUAUUCCCGACAGCAAUCCCGUUCUUCCAGGCACCAAUUUCAAGAAGUGGCACCAUGCCAUCGCAGGUGGACUCAAAGAUGAGCCUGAUAGUAGCUGGAACACUGUACUAAAGGAGAAGCACCCAGAGAUGCUCCAUCUACUUCAGUUUCCCUACAAUGGAGAACCACCGAAACGGCUCACAACUGCCAAAGCCGUCACGCCAAAUAAUUUGCAUUUCGUCAGGAACCAUGGAGGCAUACCCCUCAUCGAUGAGGACAAGUUUACGUUCGACGUCGAUGGUCUAGUCAACAGCCCUCAGAGCUUCAACAUGAAGGAUAUCAUGGACGAAAGCAGAUUCCCUCGCAUCAGGAAGAUGAUCACGAUGCAGUGUUCCGGCACCCGUCGUAUCGAGCAAAUCUCACUUUAUGCUGGUCAAGGAGAUGAGGUGCCUCAAGCUCCGUGGGCUGAGGGAGCGAUUGGCAACGCCGAAUAUGUCGGCAUCAGCUUGAAGAAAGUCAUCAAAGCUUGUGGUGGUCUCAAAGACGGCGCCAAACAUCUUGAGUUUUACGGUGCUGACACCUAUUUCAAGAACAACGAAGCCAUGAACUACGUCGUCAGCGUUCCAUGGAGUAAGGUCAAAACCAAUGAAGUCUUGCUGUGCUGGGAGAUGAACGGCGAACGUCUGCCCGCUAUCCAUGGCUUCCCACUUCGGGUGAUGGUGCUGGGCUACAUCGGUGCCCGAGGCGUCAAAUGGCUGUACCGCGUCAAAGCCAUUGAGCAUCCGAGUGAGGCUCCAGUGCAGAGCAAGGAGUACCUCUACUUCAAUCAGCAGGUUGGCAAGCACAACCAAGUUCCCACCGAUGGAAUUCAGAUUCAGGAAAUGCCAGUGAGCUCCGCCAUCAUGUCGCCAUGGCAGACGCAGGCUGUCAUUCACAACGGCAGCAUCCACUGUGAAGGAUGGGCGUAUUCUGGUGGAGGUCGUUGGCCGGAACGCGUAGAGCUCAGCGCGGACGGGGGCUUUAGCUGGUACCCUGUACCACUUGAGAACAUGUCCAAGAAGCACAAAUUCGCUUGGCGUAUCUGGGAGAUAGACCUACCAUGCGACGUCGAGGGCUGGAUCGAGAUCGUCUGCCGGACUUGGGACAACUCACUCAACACCCAGCCUUUAAACGUCCGAGCGGCGUGGAACUGGGGCCUUCACGUAACGUCGAGUGCCCACCGCGUGAAAGUCUACAGUAUCAACAAGUCGAAGCCAGCCACAGCCAAAAAGCUGGCCUUGUUUGAGAAGACUGACAGCCCUCUUGCUCCGAUCACCUGGCCAGAGGAGUUUACUACACAGACUAUGGAUGAAUACAGGAAGUUUUGGGGACAGCAUGAUCCCAGAGACGUUGACGAUUAG